AUGGAGGCCUCUACCCAAACCCCAGCUCUUAUAAUAUACUACAACCCCCAGCUGUCUGAGUAUCUCCCAUUGUUGCAAGACAUUAGCCAAGUCACCCAGUUUGUUGAAGAGCAUGACCCUGCCGCUGAAGAUGGCCAAACGGCACACUUCAAAGUGAAUUAUCUGCCCGCGUCCUCCAUGCCCACUAGCCCACCGAGCCGCCCAAGCGUCAUCAGUCAGCCACCGCCGCCCACCAAGCAGGAUGGCAUGGUCAUCAUCAGAGACCAUAAUACCCAAUAUGAGCUAGUUUUGUGGUAUCACAAGGUCCAGUGGCGCCAUUCUUGCCAAGUUACCAAACACGAAUCCACCCAGACUUUCAAUGAAUAUCUAGCCAGCCACCUCGCAAUCCAUUUCAGCCUGAGCUUACUGAGUUUCACCAUUCCCGAGCGACAGGUGAAUUAUGAAUUGUUGAUUGGUACCUACAAGAAAAUCCAGGCUGAGCUUGAUAAGAAUCCUGAACACGACCUUGACAAGUUACUUGCCUUACACGGCAUGAAGCCAUUGCUUUAUGCUAAAAUAGGGAGGAUUCUCAGUGGUGAAAAACCACCAUUCCUGAAUUUUAUUGAUUCUAUCAUCACCAACCGCGAGGGGAACGACAUCAACCUUGCCCGGAAGGCCGCCGGGACUUCUCCGGAUGGCGGAGGCAGGGACUCGUCUGCUCCGUCCACGGCGCUUGGCAUAUCCUCAGCAGCCAAUCCAACUACUUCAGCCAACAGCCGCGACAAACCCCGCCCGGAACCCCCAUGCAGCACCGACCUACCAGGCGAGCUGGCCAAUCUACCUCUAUCAGUUUGA